AUGUUGUGCAAGCACUCACCUGAUAUCAGACUGGCUCACCGCCUGCGAGACAUGCAGCGUUUGCCCUAUGUCGUGGUGACCAAUCCGCACCUGUCAUUCGUCUACGAGCUCUACUACAAGUCCUUUGAGAGCUUUCGGCGUGUUCCUGUCAUCCGAACGGUGGAAGAGAACGAUGAAUUUUGCAAAGUCAUCAGCGACAACCUGAAAGAACAUCUGGCAGUGAUCCCCAACCUGGUCAUGGGAGUGCUCGAGUGCCAAGACUUGGUGUCGGUUGACACAAUGGACAAUUUUGUGCAGGCCAUGCUGCGGGCUCGAAUUUCGAGAAGAGUCAUUGCCGAACAACAUCUCGCGCUCACGGAAACGUUCAACUCACCUUGGCACGUGCCCCAACCCAGCUCUGAGAACGAGUUUGUCGGCGAGGUCCUGCUCCGGUGUAAUGCAAAGGAGGUAAUUGAACGAUGUGGCCGAUUUACUCAAGAGAUCUGCAGGUCGACCGCAGGCGCGGAUCCGUUGGUACCUGAGAUUCGAAUUCAAGGACAUACUGGCGCUACAUUCCCUUACGUGCUGAGUCAUCUUGAAUACGUUGUGGGAGAACUGCUACGGAAUUCGGUCCAAGCGGUCAUGGAGAAAUACCGUGAUCCUCGAGAGCCACCACCCCCUAUUGAUGUUCUGAUCUGCGAGGCCCCCCAGAACGUGGUUAUCCGUAUCUCUGACCAAGGCGGAGGCAUUCCUCGAGACAUCAUGCCCUUUUUGUGGUCUUUUAACAAGGGACCUAGAAGCGCUUCACGGCUACAAAACUUCAGAGACGUCCCAACCCUUGCCGCCACCAUGCAGGAAGUUCGAAUGUCUCCGAGCGACAAGCCCAGUGGAAAGAUCAGAGACACGUCACUCAGUACAUUAGCUACUAGGCCCCCUGACCUUAGACUGGGCAUGGGCUUGCCGAUGAGCCGUGUGUACGCGGAAUAUUGGGCUGGUGGGCUUGAGCUACACAGUCUCGAGGGUUAUGGAGUGGACGCAUUUUUGCAAAUCUCAAGACUGGGCAAUCAGAACGAACAGCUGACUUCUCGAGCCACAAUUGACGCAGUGUGA